AUGUCUAUCACUGUGACUUCUCCUAAUCUGUUUCGCAUAAUCUUCCGGUACAAGAACCGUACCCCAAAGCCUGUUAGAGGAAGGAUCUCAAUCACUGAGGAAGUAAAUGUUGAUUCUUGCUGUAACUAAUAACGUGAGGGUAACAGUGCAUGUGGAGAAUAGAAACCUCAAUUUGUUCCGCAUCGCCUUCAGAUAUAUUAACCCUGGAUUCACUACUGUGUACGGCCAUGUAGCAAUUUACCAAGCACAAUCAAGCACAGUGUUACCCCAAGCAAAAGAAAUUAUUUUUGCUCGAAGUAAAGAGCCAUCUUUUGUUACGGUUGCAAGGAGUAACUAUGGUGACCCUUUCCCGCUCACACCCGGGACUUGGACUGUCAACAUCGAAGUAGAAGGAGUACUUCUGGAUUAUUUGAUUCUGCUGCCCAGUGAUUAUUAUGAAGCUCCGAUUCUGCAGUUACAAGUGACUGAUCCCUGCACUUACACAGCAAAUCCUGAACAAGUGGGGAAAAACUGCUUGUUAUACAAAUAUGUUCCUUUGGAUACCUUCCCCUCGGCUGGAGCAGAUGAUGGCAAGUAUACUGUGGAUGGCAAACAGCAAUCUUCAGUUCAAAGCCCAAUCUCCUCCCGUACAAGGACGGCUGUUCUCACUGGCGGACAGGUUCAGCUACAGUUUAGAAUUAAGGUUCCUGAACCAGCCCAAUAUGUGUUUAUACUUGAAUAUACCAAUGAAGACAAGAGACUACAUAAGCUUAAUGUGGCACCACUCAAUCCACUUGGAGCAGCUACACAAGGGACAUUUAAUCUGUACAGCUGCAAAUACAGUUUCCUUUGUCGGAGUGUUGCAAUUGACCCACAGAAUCGCAUUGCAGUCUUUGAUCUGCCUUCUUAUGCUGACCUCCUUCUGCAAGGUACAUCAAUCAGUUUUUUACUGCACAAAGUUUAUUUAGUACCUUUUAAAGAGUUCUGCAUUGAACACGUGGAGCCUAAGGUACACUGCAUUGCCACCCAUGGACCCAUCACAAACAGGAGCUCAUGUGUUGCUUCCAAGUAUGAAGUACCUGUGUCUUCAGUGAAGGUGAAAGAUGGACAUCUUUCAGCUGCAGACCUUCCUUUACAACCUGAUCUACCGAAAGAUCCACAGCUCUUAACUCACCGCCCUCCAACCAUGGUGGAACCAGGAGACAUUAUUUUACUAAAAUCACCAAAGAAUCAGAUUACCUUCAAAACAAAAGUGCCAAAUGAAGGCAAACACGUGGUACUGGUGCAUUUUUAUCAGCCUUUGUAUCUAACAUUCCCAGUAGGGGUGAUGGUGGAUGGAGGUCGUCCCUAUAAUGGAAUUUUUAGUGCUUUCUUCUGUCCACAUGGGUUUGGAUGUCGCAACCAGGUCAUUUCAGGGAAUACAAUAGAAUUGGAUAUAAUCAACCCAGAGUUGACUGUCAUUCUUACUGUUCCGAAAGAAAAGGCCCUUUGGUUGGACUACAUCCUAAUUGUUCCUUCAGAAAGUUAUGAUCCUGACUUACGAAAUGAAAAGCCUUUAGACAAGUCAUUUGAUUUCAUUACUGCCUGUGGUGGAAAUAGCUUUUACAUCAACCCAGCUACAUCAUCCAGAUUCUGCCUGGACUCGGCUAAGUCACUGGUAGCAUUCUACAAUAAUGGAGCUCUCCCUUGCCAGUGUAAUGGAGAAGGUGCAACGAGCCCCACAUGUAAUUCAUUUGGGGGCCAAUGUUCCUGCCGACCAAAUGUUAUUGGGCGGCAAUGUAACAGAUGUGCCACUGGCUAUUUUAUGUUCCCCAACUGUCGACCUUGCAAUUGUGGCAAACGCCUGUGUGAUGAGGUCACAGGCCAAUGCAUCUGCCCUCCCCAAACCGUUAAACCUCCAUGUGAGACAUGUGAGAAACAGACCUUCAGUUACCAUCCUUUAAUCGGCUGUGCAAAGUGCAACUGCUCACGAGAAGGAAUCAUUAAACCUGCAAACCCAGACUGCAACCGACAAACUGGGCAGUGCAGAUGCAAAUCGAAAGUAACAGGCCGUCAGUGUGACCGCUGUUCUGUCAGCUACUCCCGUUACCCAGAUUGCAUUCCCUGUAACUGUAACCGUGAUGCAACACAGCCAAGUGUGUGUGAUCCCAUAACUGGACAGUGUCUUUGCAAGGAGAAUGUAAUUGGUGCGCAGUGUGACAUCUGCCGACCUGGCUCAUUCUAUCUGGAUCCAGCCAAUCCCAAAGGCUGCACCAGCUGCUUUUGCUUCGGGAUAACGAAUGAGUGUCGAAGUUCUAAUAAGUCCAGGACUAAACAUAUGCAAAUGAAGAAAUGGAAUUUACUCACGGGGAAUAAACAGAGUAUUCCAGUUGUUUAUAACCAACGGAGUAAUACCGUCGUUGCUGACGUUCAAGAACUACCAGAUGUUAUUCGUGAUUUAUACUGGUUAGCCCCGGAGUCCUACCUGGGAGACAAGGUCUCUUCAUAUGGUGGCCUCCUGACAUAUCAAAUAAAAUCCUUUGGUUUACCUAGUGAAGGGAUGACUUUACUUGAGAAAAAGUCCGACGUUGAAUUGCAAGGAGAACAGAUGACUAUCGUAUACUUUGAUCCCCGGAAUCCACUUCCAGAUCGAGUUUAUCAUGGACAUGUCCGACUUUUAGAGGAUAACUUUCGACAUGCUGUCAUUAACACUCCAGUAACUAGGGAAGACUUCAUGCUUUUGUUGAGCAAUUUGGAGGAACUACACAUUAGAGCACUUUAUUAUUCACAAACACAACGCCUUUCCCUUGGCCAAGUUCAACUCGAGGAAGCCUCUGUUUCUGGAACUGGAAAUCCUGCUACUGAUGUGGAAGUGUGCUCAUGUCCCCCAAACUACUUGGGAGAUUCUUGCCAGAAAUGUGCCAUUGGAUACUACAGAGACUGGAAUGGUUUCUUCUCGGGGCGCUGUGUACCUUGUCGCUGUCAUGGACAUUCAAAACAAUGUGCAGACCGAUCUGGAAGAUGCAUUGAUUGUAAACAUAACACAGAAGGAGAUCACUGUGAACGAUGCAAAUCAGGUUUCUUUGGAAAUGCUGCCCAAGGUACCUGCAGUCCCUGCCCUUGUCCAUACACACAACCCUCCAACAACUUUGCCACACAAUGUGGUGAGAUUAAUGGUGCCUUUCAGUGCAUGUGUAAACCAGGCUACACAGGAUCAAGAUGUGAAAGGUGUGCUGCAGGUUACUUUGGAAACCCUCUGGAAAUAGGAAGUGAAUGUAGACCUUGUCAGUGUGGACAUUCAGGUUCUACAAGUUGUGACCCAUUGACCGGCCAAUGCAGCAAUUGUCAAGAUUGCACAAAUGAAGAACCCAAGGAUACAAGUUCUGAUGAGAAGUGUGACACCUGUGACAGUUGCGUGGAAACUCUGUUGCUUGACUUGAACAAAAUGGAUUCUGACCUUCAAAAGAUCAAAUUUCAGCUUCAAAAUGCAAACACAAGCUCUGCUGCACAGCAUCGCAUGAACAACUUAGACAAGGCCAUAAAAAACACUGAGAAUCAACUAAAGGUGUAUCAGGCCACUGUGGAACGGCAAGUAAAAAAGACUGAUGAUUUGGAAAAUGACAACAUGAAUCUCAUUCAAGAUGUCCAUGCACUUGAGGAAAAGGCGGAAAAGAAUUCGCGAACUAUUCAACUGUUACUCACUUCAAUCAAUGUGACUUAUCAGCGUGCACAAGACAUGGCGACAAAUAUAGGAGAUGUGUUGUUGAAGAUCUUGGAAAUGUUGAAGACCAUGGACACUUUUGAUUCCUCAUCUGGCACUGCAUCCAAGCUAGGUGACGUGGAACAGAUGCUCAAUGAAAUGAGAAAUCGCAAUUUCGACGAGGAGAGAAGAGUGGCUGAGAGGGAGAAGCAAGAGUCAAAAAUAUUGCUUGACCGUAUUAAGAAUGGACUCGUAAAAAAUAUUGAACAGAACAAGCAACUCGCACGUAACAUAAAGGAUGCACUAAGUUUGUAUCAGUCUAAGUUAAUGGACCUUCAAGACGCAAUGACUGAAGCAGCCAAUCUAACUCGAAAAGCUGAAGACCUCAACAGAAUUAAUUCCAUUUCACUGGAAGCUAUUAAGAGGAAACAUGGCGAAUUAGAUAUCAAACAAGUGGAAGUUGCAAGUUUGCUUCAAAUGGCAGAAGUCACUCUUACUAAUCUGAACAACAUGCUCCGAAUGCUGGAUGAAAGCCAGGAGAAUUAUGAGAAGCAUGGAGCACAGUUAGAUGGAGCCUUAUCAGCGCUUGAAGACAAAAUUAAAAAGCUCUCAAAUGCUAACAACAAGGAGCCCAUUGUGGUUAGUGCUGAGAAGCAUGCUGAGAACUUGGAUCAACUGUCAAAGCAACUCCAGAGAGCAAUAGCAGAAGUGAACCAAGACGCCUUAAUCCAGCGUGUGGUCAAUGCCUCUGAUGCCUAUGAGAAGAUAAUCAAUGCAGUGGAUGCAGCAGAGAGGGCAGCCAGUAAGGCAGCAAAUGCAUCACAUAUUGCUUUGCAGGCCGUGGUGAAGGAGGAUUUGCCUGGUCAAGCAUUUGAGUUAAGAACCAAAAGUGAUGACAUUUUGUCCACGACAAAUGGAUUGAAAAGAACCUUCACAGAUGUUUCAUCAACGCUUACAGAUGCAACUAAUCGCCUUGACACUGCAACACGUAAGAAGAACCAAUUGCAGCUUGAUCUUGCUUCACUUCAGACCAAAGUCAAACAAAUAAAUAGAGAUGAUGUUGGUGAGACUUUAGACAUGGCAAAAGACGCAGCUAAAGAAGCAAAUGAUACUGCUAAUAGGGUGAUGUCUAAGCUGCAGCCAAUAAUUAAUGAUGUAGGAAACCUCAACAAGACAUCAGAGAAUAUUGCAAACACUACAGCUAUUAACAUAGCUUUAAAGGAGGCUGAAAAUUCAGUAAAAAAUUUGACCAAUACGCUACCAGGCCUUGUGAAGAAGCUAAAGGAUUUAAGCCAAAUACAACCUGUCAAUAACAUCUCCAAGAAUAUAGGCCGAAUCAGGGAACUUAUUGAUCAGGCCAGGGAAGCUGCUAAUAAGAUAAAUGUGGCAAUGAAAUUCAACGGUGAUUCUGGUGUUGAAGUACGUCUUCCUGAUAAUCUCGAUCACUUAAAAGCUUACACAUCUUUACUGCUAUACCUCAAACGGCCAGAAGUCCUACCACCCCGAGGAGACGCUGGGAGGCGUAAGAGGCAGGAUUCCCCAAACAUGUUUGUUCUGUAUCUGGGUAACAAAGAUACAUCCAAAGAUUAUAUGGGCAUGGCAUUGGAGGGUGAGAAACUUGUAACCAUCUAUAAACUAGCAAAUGAUGAAGUGAAAAUAACCUCUGAGAAAACCGUCAAUGAUAAAAACUUCGACAAUAUCAAAUUUGAAAGGAUCCUACAGUAUGGCAGCCUAAACUACAGUCGAGUCAGUCCUAGUGAGGGGAAACUUGUUAACAGCGUCUCAUCCCGAGGAAUCGCAAUUGGAGAUGACUUGCUACUUAAUCUUGAUCCAAAGAAUACAGUCUUCUAUGUUGGAGGAUAUCCCCCCACCUUUGUGCCUCCAGUUGCCUUAAGGUACCCAAAGUAUAAGGGGUGCAUUGAACUUGGUGUCUUGAAUGAGAAACUGAUCAGUUUAUACAACUUUGAACAAACAUUCAACAUCAAUACGACUGAAGACCGACCAUGUGAAAGAUAUAAGCCAACUAAAGAACCAGGAAGAGAUGGCUUUUAUUUUGAUGGAACUGGAUAUGCAUUAAUUGAAUUGUCUGGUUAUUCAAAAAAAUUAACAAUUGAACAAACAAUUCGAAUUUCAAGUAAAAAUGCAGUGCUGUUAUAUUUGGAGAGCAAGGAUUCAAGCUGUGUUCUAACUGUGGAAGAUGGAAAGGUGGUGCUCAGAUAUCACCUCAAAUCCAAUGCACCCAAGAGUGCCCAAUCGUCAGUCCGACUAAACACCAACGAGGAGAUUGUGAUCAAACUCAUAAUGCUCAGAACGGAUGGACGUACUGUUGUAAUAGUCAACACUACACGUGUUCUGGAUGAGCGUAAUACUUUCAAUGAGUUGGAUUUCCCUAACUAUUACCUUGGAGGAAUACCAUCACAAAUCAAGGAAGGAUUGAACAUACCUGUGAAAACAUCAAUGAGGGCCUGUAUGAAAAAUCUGAAAGCUAAUGAAAGGAAUAUUGAUCUGUCCAAUGAACCUAUUAUUGGUGUUAGCAAAGGCUGCUCACAAGCACUCCUGCUGGUCCGUACUGCCUACUUUAAUGGCAGUGGGUUAUUGGGACUUCCUGCAUCUGAUGUGACCUUCCCCGAAAACUUCCACAUUGGAUUUGGUUUUGCAACAAGUCAGUUGAACAGUCUCCUGUUCUCUUAUGAAAAGGAUAACUUUGAAGUCUUCCUGGAAAAUGGUAAAGUGAAGGUCAAUUUACUGGGCAAAGUCCUAAAGUCUCAAAGGUCCUUCAAUGAUGGUGCUAACCACUAUGUAUCAGUCCAGGGGAAAGGAAAUACUGUCUAUCUGAAUGUGGAUGAUUUAGACAAGCUGCAAGCAACAAUACGGUUGGGGCAGCCUGGAACAAAAAGUUUGGUUUACCUGGGUGGGGACAAAGACACAAGGAAUUUUGAUGGCUGCAUCAGCAACGUCUUUCUACAAAGGAACCGUGAAUCACCCAGAAUUGAAAAUUUGGCACUUUCAACUGAGGACGCUGGAGUAUACCUGGACACCUGUCCCCAACAGAGAGCACCAGAAAUGCUCAUGUUGAAAGAAGGCAGAAAAUGGAAUGGUCAAGAGACAAUUAAAAUGAACAAGAAUGAAAAGAAUCAUAAGGUUAUUCCUGAUCAUUCAACAAAGAAGAACACAGGGCAAGAACCAAAGGACUGCAUGUUGUCAUGGCAACCUAAAUCAAUCAAUGGUGCCUCCCAGUUUGGAGAUUCACCAGACAGCAGAUUGGAGUAUGACUUUAUUCCUGAAUCAUUCAAAGAGAGGUCAACAUUCUCCAUUGAUGUGCGAACAGUUGCAACAGAAGGAACCAUCUUUUAUGUAGCAGAUAAGUCAGGGAAAUCCUACAUGACACUUUAUAUUUCAAGAGGUCGUUUCUUCUUUUCCUUUACUGUUAAUGAGAAGAAACUGAAAAUUAAGAGCAAAGUUAAGCACAAUGAUGGAAAGUGGCAUACGGUGGUGUUUAGCAGAGAAAAUAAUAAAGGAAAGCUUAUUAUUGAUGGACUUCGGACUCGACAUGCCAACAUUAGUGAUAGUGCCCUCUUGAAAGUUGAAUCUCCAUUCUAUUUGGGUGGAUUACCCUCAGGCAAAAGGCGACGCAAUAGGAAGCUACAUGGUUUUCAGGGAUGUCUAAGAAACUUUAAACUGGAUGGUAGUGAACUGAAUUCCCCAUUACGCACAUUUGGAGUCACACCAUGUUUCGAUGGCAAGUUUAAGCAAGGGGCCUAUUUCUCAGCCAAAGGAGGAUAUGUUGUGUUAGAGAACUCAUUUGUGGUGGGCAAGGACUUUGAGCUCCUCUUUGCAGUGCGCCCUCAAAGCCAGACUGGAAUCCUCUUUCACAUCAACAGCUCCCAAGGAAAUUAUCUCAGUCUAUAUAUGCACAAGGGAAAGGUUACUGUCCAUGUCAAUAAUGGAGCUGGUGAUUUCAAUACAUCUGUCACACCUCAGUCACUGUGUGAUGGACAGUGGCACAGAAUAGCAGUGAUUAAAAGAAAUAAUGUGGUGCAACUUGAUGUGGAUACAGAACGUGACCAUGUUGUAGGACCUGCCGCUUCACUAUCCACCGAUACUGCAGACCCCCUCUACGUCGGAGGCAUCCCAGAUAACGUACAGUUACAUCAUUUGCCAACACGAAAUCCAUUCUUUGGCUGCAUGGGGGACGUAAUGAUCAAUGUGAAGCCAGUAUCAUUCAAGAAAGCGGUGGCAGUUCAUGGUGCUGUUAGUGUGACUCGGUGUCCUGUCAUGUAAACCCAGCUGCUGUCUGUAACUGCAAAGAUAAUUUAACUUUCCUGCACUUGAUUGUAAUAGACAACUGAACCACUGUCAAAAUGCAGAACUAUUAAUUUAUUGUAACUUGGACUUUGCGUUCUUUUCAUUUCAGUUAACUGAAUUUGACACAUUUAUGGUUUGGCUUUUCAUAACAGCAAUUUUUACAAUUAAAAGAAAAAUGACCCACUAACUUCUUAAAACGCCAUACAGAUAUUUUAUUCCUAAUUGGUGCUAUAUUCUGUGGGGCCAAAUAUAUUACUAAAAUUUGCUGCUAAUUUUAUAUUUUUAUACUUGAAUAAUUCAAUGCUAAACAUAUUUCUAAAAUAAACAUGAUUCAACCAACAUUAUUAAAAGCCUAUCAAAUUGUUUUUGGAGAGUAAAUGAUCUUAUACAAGGGAAUACUAUCCCCCCCACACUGUCUGAUUGGAAACACAGGAGGAGUUUGACACAGACAUAGUUACAGAUUAUAGUUCUUCCCAGGAAUACAUGCCUGGCUCUGGAAGCAGUCUUGAGAGGUGCAGUGUAGUAGUUUGGAGCCUGGGAUUUGUAUCUCUGCCAGUAUACAUUGGUGGACCAAUGAAAUCUCCACCAAAACAAAAUAAGAAACAGGACCACUCCUCAAGCCUCCACCAUUUAUUAAGAUCAUACAUGUUCUAAUCCUUGAACUCCGCUGUCUUGCCUUAUCUACAUAUCCCUUGAUUCCCAACAUUUCAUCAACCCCUAUUUACCACAUCCAAUAUUCACUUCCUUCAUUAUCAAGGCACAGUGGUGCAAUCUGCAAGGUGCACUGCAAUACCUCACCAAGACCCCACCAACAGCACUUUCCGAAUACAUGACGUUCACCACAUAGAAAGUCAAGGGUAGUAGAUGCACGGGAACACCAGCAGUAAGUUCCCCUCUAAGAGACACACCAUAUUUAUUUGGAACUGUAUCAUUACCUCUUUGUUGCUGGGUCAGAAUCCUGAAACCUUCACCCUAAUAGCACUUUGGGUGUUCCUACACAGUAGCAGUUUAAGAAGACAGCUCACCACCACUUUCUUCAGAGCAGUUAGGGAUGAGCAAUAAACACUGGCCAGGUCAGCAACAUACACAUCCCAAGAAUGAAUCUUCUAAAAAGUCCAUCAACAAUCGAGCAUCUAUACUGUCCGGUUGAUAAUUCCAAAGGCUAACUCUGGGUGAUUUCUCAUCUUGAGCACAUCAAGUCAGAGCUGGUCAAAAACAGCCACCUGACUAUUCUCAUCCCAAUUUCCAGCAAUGACCCAUAGUCUUGUUAUAAUUGACAUUGCAGAUGCACACUUAAAUAGUCUUAACAAAACACUCUCAACACCACCACAACCGCCGCCCCACCCCACCAACACACAGACACACCCGCCUGAGAAUUAGUACAGGAUAAACUGCUUCAUGGACCAUGCUGAGACUAUGGCAAACUGACCAAAUGGAGUAGUUGAAGUGACUAGUAUGGAUGCAUUUAAGGGCAAGUUAGAUAAAAUAUAAGAGAAAGGAAUAGAAGACUGUGCCAUUAGGGUAAGAUUAACUAAGGCAUGGGUCAACACCAGAAUAGAUUAGUUGUGUAAAAAUGCCUCUUGUGCUGAAAAUACUUUGUAAUUGUAUGUAAACAGAAACUCAUGUUAAAUAAAAAUGCCUAACACAGAAAACAGGCAGUAAGAAUCUGAAGAAAAUUAACAGGUCAACAUUUCAGAUAGAGAGACGAGAGGAAAUUCUAACCUGAUCCAACUGUCAGAAAGCUGUUGGGAAUGGAUGGAAAAUUGUUUCCUGACUACACCGCCCUGCCUUGUCCACGUAACCCUUCAUUCCUUAGUCUUACUCACCAUCGAUGUCCAUACUGGGCAGGAUUUAGAACUAACAUUCCAAUCAACAGGUUAGAUUAAAAUCUCUGAUGAAGGGUCUAGGCCCGAAACGUCAGCUUUUGUGCUCCUGAGAUGCUGCUUGGCCUGCUGUGUUCAUCCAGCCUCACAUUUUAUUAUCUUAGAUUAAAAUGCCUCUACUUUGUGUGAAUAUCAUUCCAGCUAUAGAAUUUAUGAAAACAACAAUCUCCAUAGAUGCAAGUUCUUAUUCUUGAAACAUAAUUUAAAUUCAUUUUAAUCCUCUCCUGAUAUUUUUCUGUGCAGAAAUAUUGUGUUUUGCCUGUAAAAUCCAUGACAAAUCUUAAUCUGAUAUUUGCAUCUAGGCAGUAUCAGAAAAGGGUACGUCAUUUCUGAGAACAUAUUGAGGGAUUCCCACGAUCACACGAGCUAUAAUGCUACCAUGUUGCAUUUUGUGUAAGCUUGCUGUGCAAAAAUUGGCUGCUGCAUCUCCUACAUAACACCUUGCAAUAAACAUUGGACGAGAUUUUAUCUUGCUCAAAAUACACAUAUUAAAGAGUUAAAAUCUUCAAAACUACUGAAAUACUCAAAGUCUGAAUGUUUUCCAGAAUGUUUAUUCUUUUGUACUGCUAUCAGGUUGGUGUCAGUGAGGAAAGAUAUAGCAGCUGAAAAGUAAUAAACAUCCUUGAUGAAUUCAUGAAUUAAUAGCCAAUAAUUAACGCCACGUAUAGGAAAAGAGUUGAUUAACAUUAUAUGCAUAGAUUUAAAUCCCUGCCACCUAACUGAAACCGGCUGUGUGGGCGGUUAACAUUGAGCAGUUACAUCAGCUCAGGGAGAGAAUCAGGCACUUGGCUAAAGUCACUCUAAUUGUAUAUCAAGACUUAUCACACAACUUUAUCUAGAGCAUAAGCAUGAAAGCUACAGUAAACCUCCAGAUCCCUCUAGUAAAGACGCGGCCCAUGUUUCCAUCAUCCCCUCUUGGGUGUAAGAAAUCCAGCCAACAUCCCUCUCCAGUCCAUACUGACCACCUAACCUUCAGUUGCUAACACCAAUUCCCUGCCUACUUUAGGCUUGGUCUGGGCAAGAUAGGUUUGGAGAAAUUCAGUGAAUUUCAGUGAUUCAAAUCAUUACAGAUUUUCUGCCUGUGCUGAGAUUUGAAAUUCACUGCUGGGAAGCCCAUUCCAACUAAAAAUCUGCCUCAAACAUGUGUAAUGAAACAUCUGAGAGAAAAUGUACAAUUACAUAACAUCUUUCAUGUCCCAAAACCACAUAAUAACCUAUUAAGGCUUUCCAAGUAUAAUUACCAUCUACUAGAUACAUGACUGGUCCAAUAUCACUGCUUAAUUAGAAACCGUCAAAAGUAAUUACUAAUAAAGUGUCACACCUUUUAGGGUAACAUUUAAAACAACUACUUACUUUUUAUUUACGAUUCAUGAAAGAAUGAUCAUUAUUUCUAAAGAAUGCAUAUCAUAAUGAUUUAUGAUUUGUUCAUAACAGUAAUGGUUGAGGGAAAUUUAUAUUAUUCACAAAAUUGAAUGAAGCGCCCUCCAAAACUGCUUCCAAAUGAUUUGAGUUAAUCCAAAUUUUGCCUAUCACUGCUUAGUGAAUUGUGGGAAUAUUGAAGCUUCUAACUUGUUGGUCUGUUGCUGCAAUGUAAUAUUGACCUUUUUUUUAAUGUUGUGUUUCUUCAUAUCAGACAGAACUUUGUCAUGCAACCACUUCAAAUGUUCACUUUUAGGUGGAUGGUUUAAUUAGAUUUUGAUGUUGCACUGUCAAAAAUACACAAAUACGAGACAUUAGGUGUGCAUUUUCAUUUACUCAAGUUUUGGUGUUGUUGGUAACUUGUAUGAUUGCUAUCACAAUUAAAUAAAAAGUGCAUUAUCUCAA